AUGCAACCCACGUUGGCCCUCCUGAAGAGAUCGGUUUGGAAGGGACCGAAUAUUGUCCCUCUCGCCAUCGUCCGCCCAGCACCUGGCAAGAAGGUCCCUCCCAUCAGAACGCAGGCUCGCUCGGCCACUAUUCUGCCCAACUUCGUCGGCCUCAAGUUCCAGGUCUACAAUGGAAGAUAUUUCCUCGACGUGGUCAUUACGGAGGAUAUGGUAGGACACAAGCUGGGAGAAUUCGCGCCUACGAGAAAGCCCUUCAUCUGGUCCAGGUUGUAA